AUGGGGAAAAGCGAUGCUGAACAAAUGAGAGGUACUAAACGAAUUAUCAAUAUUUCUAAUACUUCAAAUAUUUCUCCUGUUAAGUUACUAAGUCAAAAUUUUAAUUUAUUGAGGAAAGAGGCUGUUGGUGUUAUAUCAAACCCAAAUGAAACAUUGGAAAAUAAAGAAAUCGCAUUCGAUAAUUUGGAAUUGCUUGUAGAACAAAUCGAUAACGCGAUGAACAUCGAAAAAAUGAAUUUAUGGCCACAAAUUAUUUCGUUUCUUUCAUUUUCCGAAGUUUCACUUCGAAAAUAUGCUAUUUGGGUAUGCGGUACUGCUGUUCAAAAUAAUUCUCAAACACAAAAGGCUUUUGUAGAAAAAGGGGGAUUAAAAAUUAUAUUAAAAAUAUUAAAAGAUUCUAAUGAAGAGAACGAGAUAAGAAGUAAGGCAUUAUAUGCAGUUUCGGGAGCCAUUCAACAUUGUGAACCUGGAUUGACACAAUUUGAAAAGGAAGGUGGUUAUGAUACUUUAUUAUCAUUAUUAGAGACUUCAGAUGAUCUCAAUAUAUUUCGUAAAGUUGUGUUUCUUUUAACAUCAUUACUUACUCAAAAUAAGAAUGCUAUAAUAACGCAAAUUAAAGAUAAACCAUUUAACAAACAAAUUAUCAAAUUAUUGGGUAAAUUCUAUGCAGAAGAUGAAGAUUUAGCCGAUAAGAUACUUAAGAUUUUUCUUUUAGAAUUCAAGGAAACUUCUCUUUUCUCUAAAGAUGAAAUUAAUGAACUUAGAAUUAUUCUUCCGGAAAUUAAGAAAAAACAUAAAAAUAUUUUAACUUCUACAGAAUGGGCUGAACUAGAAUCUAAAGUUCAAUAA